GGCCAGAAACAUCACUAAAGUUGCUUACUUUCGUGGACACUGCGUCGCAGAGUGGCAAGCCGACAAGUCCCAGCCAACGGGCAAGAUGCUCACGGUUUACCUAUCUGAGCAAGAGGUCCAACAGUACCUCGACAUUGUCCCACCCGGCUCGGUCAAGAUCGCAUGCUACAACGGCCCAAGGUUUUUGACCCUCUCCGGAGACCAGGAAGCCUUCCAAAGUACAAGUGAUCCGCCAAAAUGCAGAGUUGGGGUGCCCGUCCGAAAAUGCUGGUGGUAGUGUGGGUAACUUGCGUCCCAUUUGCUCGGUGCAUCGAUGCUUCCAGCAUUUCGAAGAUGCUCGGGAUUGUGCUUCUCGAUGUAUUUCAAGAGUGCACGGACCGAUGUGAUGGUCUCGGAAUAAGACAUUUUGGGACUUGUUUCGGCAAGGGUGUUGCUCACCAGGGGGCGACUAAGCUUCAAUAAUCUCUUUAUAUACCCCUCCCCUAACCAGGUACCUAGGCAGGUAAUAAAAGGUAAAAAAUGAGCAGCAAACCACCAAUGCCUUGAUCCUCGGCU